UCCCUCCUCCGUUCCCCUGUCCCUCCCUCUAUCCAUCCAUCCGCCCCCUUUCCUCUCCUCUCCUAGCCUCUCCUCUCCACACACGCACCCCGCCUUGCGCAUCGCCUCCUCCGGCAUAAUGACCAACGAUUCCCCGGAGGAGGAGACCCGAGCUCCGGGUGGCGGCGGCGGCGGCGGAGGAGUAGGAGGAAGAGGAAACACAAGAAGAAACCGAGCGGACGACAAUGUCACCAUCCUGACAUCCUCCAUGGAUUUAAGCAGGAGCGGCCGGACCCGACACAGCAGCGGCGGCCACGAUGCCGCCCCGAGCCUCACCUCCUCCGUGGACCUGAGCGCCUCCUCCCUGGAGCUGAGCAUCCAGACGCGGAUAUUUAAGAUCAUCGUCAUCGGGGACUCCAAUGUGGGGAAGACCUGCCUCACCUUCCGCUUCACCGGGGGGAGCUUCCCGGACAAAACCGAGGCCACCAUCGGCGUGGAUUUCAGAGAGAAGGCGGUGGAGAUUGAGGGGGAAACCAUCAAGGUGCAGGUGUGGGACACGGCAGGUCAGGAGCGUUUCCGUAAAUCCAUGGUGGAGCACUACUACCGCAAUGUCCACGCCGUGGUCUUCGUAUACGAUGUCACUAAGAUGGCCUCCUUCCGCAACCUGCAGACAUGGAUACAGGAGUGUAAUGGCCAUCGGGUCUCAGCAUCAGUACCUCGAGUCCUGGUGGGAAACAAGUGUGACCUCGUCGACCAAAUACAGGUGCCCUCCAACAUGGCGCUGAAGUUCGCUGACGCCCACAACAUGCUGCUGUUUGAGACGUCGGCCAAAGACCCAAGGGAGAGUCAGAACGUCGACUCCAUCUUCAUGUCCUUGGCCUGCCGCCUCAAGGCCCAGAAAUCCCUGCUCUACAGAGAUGUGGAGAGAGAGGACGGCAGAGUGAGACUGACACAGGAGACCGAAACAAAGAGUAAUUGUCCUUGUUGAGGAAAAGGAGGAGGAGGGAGGAAGAGAGGGGAAGGAAGAGAGAAGAGUCACUGUACAUGUUGAGGAAGAGGAGGAGGAGGGUGUAGCAGACUAAUGCACGAGGCUUUCAGAGCAGCUGUCCUUGCUGAGGAAGAUGGAGAGGAAGGAGGAUGGGAGGGUGAGAUUUACACUAGAGACUGACACCAGGAGCAAUGUAUUUUGAGGAGGAGAGGGACGGGACAGUAAAGCCAGUGCAAAGGACUGAAACAUCAAUUUUAAGUCCUUGUGGGUGAGGAAGGGGAGGACAGAGAGAGGAUAGAGAGGCGGAAAUGAAGGAAGAGGAAAAUGGGAGGGAGGAGGGACACACAUACUAACAAGGUCCUGGAUAAGACAAUGUUGCCUUCUGCACUGUAGUCCAGGGAUUCUUCCACUUAUCCAACUGUAGACCGAAACUGAGUACACUCUGAAAACACUCCUUCUGGGACCAGGACACAUUUAAACAUACCGAUACUAAACAUACUUGUCAUUUGGAAAUACACAGGAAACAGGCCUAUGACCUAUUUCAUGGCCAUAGCGUCCAAAACAGUGAGCAAAGCCGACCCUGGCUCGAUCAGCAUCACAGCCAUGAUUAAUGGCAAAAAUUUGAGGCUAGAAUGUACUACAAUUUUGUCUUCACAAUUAAUGACCAAUGGUGUCUUUUUAAUCAUAUAUCUUAAAUCUCGCAAUCUUAUCCAAGUUGAUUUUGUUGCCAGUCCUCAUCUCAGCUGAAAGCAAUGUUGCCUGUGAUAUUGCCAUUGCCUUAAAAAGCUGCUUCUCUCAUGAUCUGACUGACAGGGAAAAUUAGUAGAACUGAAAGCAGUUUCAGAUUUUUUAAGACUUGAGCUUUAUUUAUGUAUGUAAUCAACCCGACACUCAGACAGCCUCUUAAGUGGAAACAUCAAUCAUAUGAGAGGAUGAACGAAGCGCUCAUUUUUCAGCAUUUGUGAUGUAUUCUGCUACUGUCUUGCCAAUAUGGCUCAAUCCUCCAGGAGUAGGAGCAAUCUAGGAUCACUGUGAGAUUACUAAUACAUGGGAAACUUAAUGAAGCGAUGUAAAUCAGCGCUACGGCCUGUAGGAAGGAUGGGACUACACAUCUUAGACAAAAUCAAUGUGGAUAACAUUGAGGGCUUUAAGGAACAAAAGCAUCCUGCAAACCACUGGUGGUCAACCAUUACCAACCUUUAUUCCAUCAAACUGCUGCUUGUGUAUCAUGGCUGUACUACACUUCAGUACUUCAAAUCAGUCUAAAGGAGCAAUGGGAAGACCUUGAAGGCUAGGCUUCCUGAAAACAGACCAUUUAUGUGUUCUCAGACACCAUGUUGCAUAUUGAUUUUGAAGCGAGUAAGAUCCUUUUACCCUUAUGCUGGAGAACUACUAAUAGAAAGGGCCGUCAUGGCAAGUCUCUUCUUUCUCAUCUCGUCCUGAUGUAAACAUAUCCUCACCAUGCAUACCUUCUAGCAAAGUGGUUUAUCCAGCUUCCCCUGUGAGUGGAGUGCGAUCUUACCCCCAUUUGACUUUUAGAUAGACAGUCGGCUCUAGUCCGAUCUUGUUAGACGUAACAAUGGCAUAUUCUGUAAUGAAUACAAUAUUUCUUUUACUGUUUUAUUCUAGUCAUGCUCCCCUUCGGGAGACAUGGAGAACAGUUAAGUGAUCCGUGAAUGUCCUAGCUAAAGGCCUUUAGUCUUGUCUUUCAUGAGUAGCAGUCACCAUCAAUAUUGUUGUCUCUAGUCUGAGAGGGCAGGGGAGAAGAUACAAAACUGUGACCUCUGCAUAGAUAAUGGAGACGUCUUUAUCCUGCUACACAAUCUGUGCCAGCAUAUGUAAGGGGACUUUACAUGUCUGUCUGUUGAAGGAUGGGUACAGGAUGAUGGAUGAUAUAACUCUGCAUUAAGAUGUAUCUAUUAUUUAUACAGACAUAUGCUUCUACACACAGAUAGCCAGGGUGUGGAUGGGGGAACACUCUGUACAUAAUAGUACUAAUCUAAUGUUACAGCUAUAAGGCCUUUGUGCAGCCGUUGUCUGUGUGUGUUGCUCUGAUACCUCAGUGGUUCCCUGUCCUUUCCAAAAUCUAGUGUAGACACCGACACAGUGGAGUGAAAACCAGCACGUACACAUUGUCCAAAUAUUAAAUUUUACCAAAAUUAAAUGUAUUGUGGUGACAUCCCCAUAAAACUAGAGCGGUCAUUUGGCUGGGACAUUCAGCCGAGUCCUUUUGUUGUGGCGAGGUAACAACUGCCAUCCAAAUUUGUCUUUGUCAUUAUGAACAUCGAAAAUUGCCAUUACUGUAUUUGGGAGCCAUAUCUAAAAGAAUUCAAGACCUCUUAGCGAGAAGUUCGAUGACUCCUGGUCAAAUAAUUUAUCGCUUCACCAAAUGAUACAAAAGCAAGUGAAAUCCAGACUUCCAGAUAAUUUUCUGAAAUAUUCAAGUUCCUCAUUAAUAUUCUUGGUUCAGUAUUGCUCCUUCAGUAUUACUCCACAGUUUCCGAAAUGCUAAUUUCGGUGGCAGCAGGAUCAAAAGUCUGCAGCAGCUAAUAGGGGCGUGUGAAAGGAGAUUAACCAUAACAUAUCAGGAGGAAACCUCUCACAAGGCUAUUCAGUCUCACUGCAUGGGGCUGUGAGCUGAAGGGAGGAUUUGAACUUCCAUAAAUCCAACCCAGAGCUGUAGGUUAAGCAAGAGUUGGCCCAAAAAAAAAGAAAGAGGAAACAGAGGAUGGUAUUAGAGUCAAAAGCAUACACCAGUUGCCAGGUUUGUGCAACUCUUGUCUAAUUUAUAGCGGUAACACACUCUUGGUGAGAUGACACUGUACUAGCCUGAUGUAAGUCUUGGAAAAGAAUGUGCCUGCAUUUCUUUCAUAAACUUGCCAGACCUGAUUAAAAUAACAUCUGAAAUGGUUUCUCAUGAUUGAAUUAAUGUAAGCUGCCUUUGUUUUUAGCCAGAUUUGCUUUCAGUUUAUCACUACUGACAUUAUACACCUGUAUUGAAUUGACUCAGCAGCUAUAUAAAUGUGAUUUGAGAGAGUGUAAUGAUUGGUAGAGUGACCAUUUAUCAUGAUGACGAGCAUUUGUUCAUGGUAAGAAAGGAAAGUUACAUUUCAAACAUCAAACCAAUCUCCCCAAGUUUUGUCUUUAAACAUUUGAGGUAAUCUGAAAUGUAUACACUGUUAGCUCUAAAAGUUAAGAAUACAGAUGUAAAGUAUGUAUGCUUGCCUCCUGUCUGUCCCUGUACAUAUUUUACAUUUUGUUUGGCUCUUUUUUUAAUAACUCAUAUUUGCUCUUAAAGGGAUGCCUUGACAUUUUGAAUUUUAGUCAUGUAUUUUUCCAUUGUUUGGAGAAGCUGUCCUCUGUAUUGGCCGGUCAGGAAACUGAAAGCUUGGCAACACUGUUAAUAUUGUUAAUUCAAAUUAACAGGGCACUGCUGCAGUCGCUUCACAGCAUCCCUCACUGAACUGAACAUGGCCUGUAGUUUGCUGCUACAUUGCUGUAGAUGUCAAGAUAUUUCAAGGCUGUUUUCCCAGUAAAACAUUAUUGCUCCCUGUAGAGGAAUCUUCUUCCCGUUUCCCCUGUCCUCAGGGAGGUCAGGAGUCAGACACAGAGCAUCAACUCUGGACCUGGGAGAGGCUGACUGUAUUGCUCAAGGACACUUCAGCAGGGAGGAUGCUGGCUCACAAAAGACUUGAACCCUCAUCUUCUGGCUGAGGGAGGUUUUACCUACUACUGUGCCCUGUUGCUGUUAAUCAAGAAAAAUUAGAUUAAAAGCCAAAAUCCCAAGUUAUCCCUUUAACAAAAGCCUUAAGAAUGGUGUUCAUUUUGAUGAUGUAGUCAUGUUAUUAGAAUUACUGUUAAAUCUGAGAUGACAAUGUUCAUUUUUCUCCUUUUAAAAUGUUAAUUUAUUAUUGUUUUGAUUUCUACCAGGAUGUCUUCUACUCUGUGUUUCAUAUGUAACGCUGUUGUUAUCACAAUCUCACAAAGGGACUUCUGAUAAAGAUGUUGAACAAGCUUCA